GAAAGUGUUUUAUUAAUACUGCUACGCUAAGAAAGUGCAGCAGCGCAUCCCUGUCAAACAGGGAGAUGCGUUAGGAUAUAAGAUAUCAUAAAAACUGAAUAAAAACACUUUCAACCAUCAGCGUUGGAAGCCUGUAAAUAUAACUUAGACAUUUAUUUUUAAGUGUGACCGUGUGACUGUUGAUGUUCUGUGGUUUGAGAUGCACUUUACGAUCCCAUUUGUUAAGGAAAUGUAAAGAAAAAAGGAUUAACAAGUAAGAACAAGCAAGCAUGGACCGUAUAAAUGAAGGAAUAUGAUAUCAAGUUUCCGUGUGUCAGAACUACAGGUAUUAUUAGGCUUUGCUGGACGGAACAAAAGCGGUCGCAAGCAUGAACUCCUGUUGAGGGUCUUGCAUUUGCUAAAAAGUGGCUGCAGCCCCGCUGUCCAAAUCAAAAUAAAGGAACUGUACAGACGCCGCUACCCCAGGACCAUUGAAAGUCUCCCAGACCUGUCGGCUCUCAGGUCCUACUCCCAGGACAGUAACUGCUCCUCCCUGCUGGAGUCUGACCUGGCAGUGGCCAUUGAUAACUCUCACCCCACUGGCUCGGUUACUUCCCAUUCAGCUGGUGUCAGUGCUGUGCUAUUGCAUGAGACUAAGCCCAGGCUGGAUAUGCAGCAGCCAACUGCCACGGCCAUGCCCCCGGUCCACCCCGAUGUCCAGAUGAAAAGCUUGCCCUUCUAUGAUGUGCUGGAUGUUCUCAUCAAACCUUCAAGUCUGGGUGCAAGUAGUAUUCAACGGUUUCAAGAGAAGUUUUUCAUCUUUGCAUUAACUCCACAUCAAGUCAGAGAAGUUUGCAUCUCCAGGGAUUUUCUGCCAGGUGGUAGGAGAGAUUAUAUGGUCCAGAUUCAGAUGAGGUUUUGCCUAGCAGAGACGAGCUGCCCUCAAGAAGACAAUUACCCAAACAGUUUGUGUAUCAAAGUCAACGGAAAGAUUUUUCCCUUACCUGGGUAUGCACCUCCUCCCAAAAAUGGAGUGGAGCAGAAAAGGCCAGGCCGGCCAUUAAACAUCACCUCGCUGGUUAGACUAACGUCAGCUGUGCCCAAUCAGAUCUCUGUUACAUGGGCACCAGAAAUUGGCAAGAAUUAUUCAUUGUCUGUGUACCUUGUGAGGCAGCUCACGUCUUCACUGCUGUUGCAGAGGUUAAAGAUGAAAGGCAUUCGAAACUCUGACCAUUCUCGAGCUUUGAUAAAAGAGAAGCUAACUGCAGAUCCCGACAGUGAGAUUGCCACCACAAGCUUAAGAGUGUCACUGUUGUGCCCACUGGGUAAGAUGCGCUUGGCGGUUCCCUGCCGCGCGGUGACGUGCUCUCAUCUCCAGUGCUUCGACGCAGCACUGUACCUGCAGAUGAAUGAAAAGAAGUCCACCUGGAUUUGUCCUGUCUGUGAUAAGAAAGCAGCUUACGAAAGUCUUAGAAUAGAUGGGCUUUUCAUGGAAAUCUUAAAUGAAUGUUUGGAUGUCGAUGAAAUAAAAUUCCAGGAAGAUGGAACCUGGUGCCCAAUGAGACCAAAGAAAGAGGCUCUGAAAGUGUCAAGCCCGUGUUCUACUAAAACUGAAAGCUCCAGUGUGGUGACACGCUCAUGCUCUGUGCUGGCUGCCGGCAGUGAGCCCAUAGGAGUGAAGAAAGCAGACGUGAUCGACCUGACAAUAGAGAGCUCCUCUGAGGACGAGGAGGAGGAGGAGGAGCAAUCUCUUAAGAAGCGUUGCCUCUACAUGAACAUGAAGACAGAGGAGGGUCAUGGCAAGGGCUCAGUAAACACCAGAGUGGUAUCAUACCAGCCCUCUGCAGGGUGCGGGCCCAGCAUGCAGACUGUGGAUACAUCCUUCCUGCCCUCUGCACUCUCUGACUAUGCAGUUCCAUUCCAUCAUUCAACACUCUCCACCAUCCCCACGGACAUGCAAGCAGUUUAUUGUGAUGGAAACAAUGCUGUAGACAACCGUCCAAUGAUUUUCUACAAAGGUCUGGAUUUCCUUUCACUAAUUCAAGGAGACUCGCAGCAGUACUGUGCUCCGAUGUUCCUGGAUAGCCUGGGCAGCACGUUACAGGCAGCAGCCCCCACAAGUGGAGGAAUCAUCUCUGCUUCAUCCUCCUCCACAGCCAGCCACCAUCACCAGGAGAGCAGCAGCCACCACAGCAGCAGCAGCAGCUCCAGCAGGAAUGAGGCUGGGAGAGGAACCAGCAUCACUGACAUCAUUUCUUUGGAUUAGUGACUUUUUAGAUGACACUUGAAGUGUGAUUGACCACCCACCACACCUCACCCCUCUCCUCUGCAGAGCAGUAUGAAAUGCUGCCACCAAACAAACUUGCCCAUUGUUUUUACAUGCAUUUAACAAAAAAGG